GAUUAGAAAAAGAAUAUGCCAAGCACAUUGCUGAAUAUACAAGAUUCAUUGGUGAUUAACCAACCUAUCACACUCUUGACAAUUGACUCACCACUUUCCACUUUCCACCCUACCUAAACUCAAAUCAAACCCAAAAUUCGUUCAUGAGAUCUGAAUAAAAAUUCCAAAAUUAGCCAAUUCAAUUCAAAUCUCAACCAUCAUCUCUGAAUCAUUCAAUUCAAAACCCCAUCACCAUGAUCACCCACCUCCAAAUUCUCCUCAUUUUCUCUCUCCUCUCUCUCUCAAUCGCAACACCCACAAUCACUGUAACCCCAGAUUCUCUCUCCAAAUCCGGCGACACAAUCAAGCUUGAAUGGUCCGAUAUAUCCGACCCAUCUGAGCUCGAUUGGGUCGGACUCUACUCCCCACCCGAUUCACACCACCAUCAUUUCAUCGGGUACUUCUUCCUCAAUUCUUCAUCAACAUGGAAAUCCGGGUUCGGGUCAAUCUCAUUUCCUUUGAUCAAUCUCCGACACCCGUAUCAGUUUCGGAUCUUCCGAUGGGUCCAAUCGGAAGUGGACUCCACAAAAAUGGACCAUGACAGGAACCCAUUGCCAAGGACCAAGCACCUCCUGGCCCAAUCCAAGGAAGUGUCCUUUGAGAGGCUUAAUGGGCCGGAGCAGGUCCAUUUGGGGUUUACUGAUAGGGAGGAUGAGAUGAGGGUGGUGUUUGUGGCGGGGGAUGGUGGGGAGCGGGUUGUGAAGUAUGGUGAAGAGGAAGAUGAGGUCAGACAAGUGGCGGCGACCGCGGCGGAGAGGUAUCAAGUUGAGGAUAUGUGUGAUGGUCCUGCUAAUCAGAGUGUUGGGUGGAGAGAUCCUGGGUUUAUUUUUAAUGGGGUUAUGACUAAUUUGAAGAAAGGGAAGAGAUAUUAUUAUAAGGUCGGGAGUGAUUCAGGGGGUUGGAGCCCUACCUAUAGUUUUGUCUCAAGAAAUGAGGAUUCUGAUGAAACUGUAGCUUUUAUGUUUGGAGAUAUGGGAACUGCGACACCCUAUAGAACCUUUAUCCGCACGCAAGAUGAAAGCAUAUCCACUUUGAAAUGGAUCCUCCGUGACAUAGAAGCUCUUGGGAACAAGCCUGCGUUUGUAUCACAUAUCGGAGAUAUUAGCUAUGCAAGAGGAUAUGCUUGGAUAUGGGACAACUUCUUUAACCAGAUCGAGCCUGUUGCCUCCAAGAUGGCUUAUCAUGUCUGCAUUGGAAAUCAUGAAUAUGAUUGGCCUCAACAACCCUGGAAACCAGAAUGGGCAGCUUAUGCAAAGGAUGGAGGUGGUGAAUGUGGUGUACCCUACAGUCUCAGAUUCAAAAUGCCUGGAAACUCUUCAUUCUCAACUGGGACUCGUGCACCAGCCACCCGGAAUCUGUAUUACUCAUUUAAUAUGGGGUCUGUUCACUUUGUAUAUUUUUCAACCGAGACCAAUUUCCUACAGGGAAGUGCUCAGUACAAGUUCCUGGAGCAUGAUUUAGAAAAUGUCGAUAGGAAGAAGACACCAUUUGUUGUUGUCCAAGGGCAUCGACCUAUGUACACAACAAGUAAUGAGAUUAGGGAUACCCCAUUAAGAGAAAAAAUGCAGCAGCACCUGGAACCUCUACUUGUGAAGAACAAUGUAACUCUUGCUUUGUGGGGUCAUGUCCAUAGGUAUGAAAGAUUUUGUCCAUUGAACAAUUUCACCUGUGGAGAAAUUGACUCGUCUGGGCCGAAGCAAGGUGGAUAUCCUGUGCAUGUUGUGAUUGGAAUGGCUGGGCAGGACUGGCAGCCUAUCUGGGAACCAAGACCAGAACACACUGACCUUCCGAUAUUUCCACAGCCAAAGAGGUCAAUAUAUCGCGGGGGUGAAUUUGGUUAUACUAGGCUUGUUGCCACAAAGAAGAAGCUGACGCUUUCUUAUGUGGGAAAUCAUGAUGGAGAAGUGCAUGAUACAGUGGAGAUUCUGGCAACUGGAGAAGUUUUUAGUGGUAGUGGUUCUGCUAGUGGUGAGAAAACAGAGUUUCCUGACACAGUGUUAGAAGGUGGAAUGGCAUCACCCAUUUUCUCCCAGUUUGUAAAGGGAGGGAGUGUCUUGCUACUUGGUGCUUUUGUCGGAUAUGUUAUUGGGUUUGUUUCACGUUCAAGAAAAGAAACUCCUGCUUCUGGGAAUAGCUGGCUUCCAGUUAAGACUGAAGAUUCUUGAUUUGGAAUUAUAUUUUCAAGCAAAAGCAGCUUCAAUUUCACUGGUGCUACUUCAUUCACUGGCCUUCUGUUAAGUACAGCCAUAGUUCUUGACUUUGAGUUUGCAAGAGCUGGCUGUAAGCAUGUGAUCUAAAUUUGCCAUUCAAAGGCCACAGCGCACAUAGGUACUUAGAAGUCUGUAUAUAUGUUCCUUAUUUUGUGUUUAAUGUACAAUUAGAGCAUUUUUGACGGCAGAUAUUCUUGAUGUAUAAUAGGAUUCGUGUACCUGUUAUUCCAGCAGAGAUGGUAUUUUCAUCUCAGUGUAUAACAGUAUUUGAUCUACAUGUUAUAGAAAACUCUGGUGUAAUAAUACACGUCACUUGUGUGUGUAAAUCAAUUAUCUGUUGUAUUUUUAAACUAGUUGAAUGAAAGCAUAUCAUUAUAAGGCA